UUUUGGCUCCAUAAUAAUAAUGAUGUGAUUUCCUAGACAAGUUGGGGUGUAGCAAAAGCUGGGGUACAAGUAAAGUCUUGGUAUCUGAGUCCAUCCAGAUGCCUGGGUUGGUGGUUCUGCUCAGCAAUAAUAUUCUUCCCAUUGUAAGACUGACUAAAAUAUCUCCUUUCUUACUAUAAAAAAGAGCAGCUUUUAAAGACCUGCAGUUGUUUUCUAGGAUAUCUGUUGGUUAUUAUAAAUCACAAAGGACACUGUUAACAUAAAGAGCUCUGGUUAUUUAAUGAACUUCCAAUACUUGCUGUAACUAUCCUUUAUGUUGAUAUCAGCUUUAGACAAUCAAAUAAGCAGAACAGAAUCAAAGAAAUGCUGCUUUAUUAAAUACAUUUGAGAAGAAAACCCAAUUUCCUUGCUUAUGCCUAAGGCCCAAUGUUUGAUUUAUCCUUUGUUUUCCUAGUAGCAAUCACUUUACGUUCCACUUCUGUCUUUGGCGGCGCUAACAUGAAAUACUCAAUGCCAAGCACAGUCGUGGCUCUGUCACCGCCUUUGAGGCAUCUUUGUGGCGUUGACUCCUUCAGCCCUUCACAUUCCUGCGAGCAGGAGAUCCUGACAUGAUCCCAGUGAGGGAUCCGAAGUGGUUUUGGAGCGAGGGAAGACGAGGCGUGCUCUGGAGGGGAGAGGAUGGUGCUUGGUUCCUGGGGGAGGGGGCAGUUUAUCCCUUUACUUUUAGUUUGUUCUGUUUGCCUUACUCAUGUCAAAGUGCAAUAAGCUCUGAAUUGUACCAGUAACUCUGGCAGGCUCCUCUCAGUGACCUCAGGUGGCUUUGUGGGGCAGGGGUGGGCUCUGAGGGGUUUUUAAGCGCUCUCACCAGGCACAAAUAAAACAGAUUUCAUGUAGAAUACUUAAACCGCAUUUUAAUCCGUGAGGCUCUUUGGGACCAGGAUGGUUUCGUGGCAUCUCCUCUCGCUGUUGCAGAAGUAGGCCCCAGUUGUAGUUCUUUGAGUUGCGAGUAUUUUAACAGAGAAUUCAUGCACUGACUUCUGUUCCUGUUUGUCUGUUACGUCUCGAGGGAUCCUUACACUUGAGGACAACCUGGGAAUACGACACAGCACGCUUGUUCUUUCAGUUCCUGUUAUCCAAGAGGCUUUCGAGCCGGUGACACUAAUCGCAGUGGAAGCAGAUUGUAACAUUCCACCCUGCAAUCCUUUUCUGAUCCUCUGAUUUCAGAGUGAGAGCUUUUACACAAAGCUUUCCUGAUUAGUGGGGAAAAAUGGGAGAAAAACAAGAAGCAGGAACUCCAGCUUGGAUAUUUCCACCUUUCCCUGCCCUUUUGCUUUCUGUCCUUCCAGUUUAAUCCAAAGUGGAAGCAUCCCUCAGCCUCGGGAUAGACAAAUCCUAUCACGACCUUCCCACCUCGAUGCGUGGUGAGUGUCUUUCAUCAGCUUCAGCAGGAACCCCUCAAUCUGCCAGCUCCAUGAGGGGUUGUUGCUGGGCUGUUGGUCCAUUGUAGGGUGAUGGUUGGUUGGGGACCCCCUCUCUGCUCCACACUGGGGGUCCGGAGCCUGGUACCUCGCCUCGGGCUGGUUUGUCCAUCCCCACUGCCCCGUUCUGCUGGGUUCAUCCAUCAUCGUGCUCUUUCCUUUGGCAACACACACUUUGUAGGAUGGGUUAGGUUAUCUCGUUGUUUCUUUAAAUGUGAGUUUGUGCCUUUUUUUGUCUCCUAAAUCUUCCAAUACAGGCAUAUUGGAAACGAAAUCUAAUAAAAUACUAGACAGAGCUUUUUACGCCUCCUUCUCCUUUGUUUUGGGUGCUGAUGGGGGGGGCGGUACGCGAAACCCUCCAGAGUCCUCCCACACGCUUGGGGGCGCCACCGCCCUUCCGCCGUCCCGCCCUUGUCACGAGGGCCAAUCGGCGCGGGGCGGUGCCGGCCGUGGGCGUGGCCUCUCUGAGGGGAGCCAGGAGGCCGCGGGCCGGGCCGGGAGAGCGGAGGCCGGGGCGCCCGGUGUCCCCUUCCCAGCGCCUCCCGGCCGGGUCCAUGGGCAUGGAACCGGAGCACCGCGCUGCCGUGAGGGAGCUGAGACUACACUUAGUUACCUGGAAUGUGGGUACAGCUUCUCCACCUCCUGAUGUCAGUAGUUUACUUCAGCUCGAUUCACUGGGCACAACUAUGGAUAUGUAUGUUAUAGGCUUACAGGAGGUAAACUCAAAAAUCACAAAUUUCCUGUCUGACUUGGCAUUUGAUGAUCCGUGGAGCAUUUUCCUCAUGACUGUAUUGUCUCCGUUGGGAUAUAUCAAGCUCUCCUCCGUUCGCAUGCAGGGAUUGCUACUUCUGAUCUUUGUGAAGCACGUCCACCUGCCUUUCAUACGGGACCUUCAUACCCAGUUCACACGCACAGGCCUCUAUGGAUACUGGGGCAACAAAGGAGGAGUCACCAUUCGCAUGUCCCUCUAUGGUCACACAGUUUGUUUCAUGAACUGCCACUUGCCAGCUCACAUGGAGAACACAGAGCAGCGGCUGGAUGACUUUGAGAAAAUUCUGGAAAUGCAGUUUGAAGGAGAGAAUAUUCCAAGUGCCUUGGAACAUGAUGUUCUCUUCUGGUUUGGAGAUCUGAACUUCCGGAUCGCGGAUUAUGGCAUACACUUUGUCCGGGAAUCAAUAAACAACAAGCGUUACAAUCUGCUCUGGGAAAAGGACCAGUUAAAUAUGGCUAAAAAGAAGGAAGCGUUUCUUCAGGAAUUCAUAGAGGGUCCUCUGCACUUUAAACCCACCUACAAGUUUGACCUUUAUUCGGAUGUAUAUGACACAAGAGAGCAGAAGUCCCUCUUUUGGUUUAAUGAGAAGAAAAGAAAGCCAGCGUGGACAGACAGAAUCCUUUGGAGAGUGAAGAACCUCUGCCAGCAUGCACCGAAAGGCAGCGAAUUCUCUGAGGAGCAGCAGACAAUUUCUGUUACUUUGAAUAAUUAUAUCAGUCACAUGAGCUAUGGCAUCAGCGAUCACAAACCUGUUACAGGAACGUUUGGGCUUGAGUUGAAGCCUCUUGUAUCAGAACCUUUGGUCACACUGAGUCCUGAGGGCGAGUGGAGCGCGGAACACGAUGUUCUCAUCAACUAUUCUGCAGUGCCUGAAUUCCCAAGCAGUGCUUGGGACUGGAUUGGCCUCUUCAAGGUAACUUUCAAGCAUGUGAAUGACUAUGUUACUUAUUCUUGGGUAGAAGAUGAUGAAAUUUCUUCUAACAAAGAUGGUAAACAAGUUUACAUGAGUGCUGCAGAAAUACCAGAUGUGGGAGGAGAAUUCUUGCUUUGCUUUUAUAGCAAUAAUCUGCAAUCAGUAGUUGGUGUCAGCCAGCCUUUUCAGAUUCAGCCUAACAGAACAUUAAUAGGAAAGGAGCUGCCACAGGAAGACGACAGUUGGAUGCAGAGACCUGACAAUCUGGAAUCACACGACGAGUUCUGAAGCAGAAAGGGCAUUUAGUGGUCCCGAUUCAGGAGUCAGAUGAUUCUUUAUGUCUUAGUAAGAAUAAAAGCUUAUAAUCAGAAGAUGGAGUAAGACAGUGCAAGUAAGACAGGUAGGAUUGUUCCGAAACUUUGUAAGCUCAUAGGAGAUAAUUUAUUGCAGAAACAGGUAUUUUUAUUGGUAUGGAGAGAGUAACUCUCUUGCACUGGAAAAGAACCAUAGAAGUAGUACCUGCUGAAUGCUGUAUGUUUUAAGAUGAUAGACAUUUCUAGUACAAGGAUUUAAGCUAAGGAAGUUGUGAUCUGUAUUAGAUUUUUGGGCUUGCUUCUUUUUUUUAGAGGAUAUUUUAUUUAUGACACAAUAGUUACUAUACUGUAACCCCUCAAUUGUUGAUUUCCAGAUCUCGAGUUUAAAUGAAGUUAUUUAAGAAGUUAUUUAUUAGAUAGAGCAGGUUUUACAGUUUUAUUUGCCUUUCAAACAUUAGCUGGUUGCCCUUGGGGAAACACAUGUAGCAACAGGUCACAUGAAAACAACAUCUUUGGAGUGUUUAAAGUCUCUUUUGGUGGUAGAUCCCAUUUCUCCAUGCCUUACUGAUAGCAGUUUGUAGGAUUUUCCAAUUCUCAGUUUUCCAAAUUGAGAUACAUUUAUCAAAAUGCACAUUUCCUGCUUUUUUAUAAAGCAAAUUAGCAAUUUGCUUAUCACAUUUCUCCCUCUGAUUUAAGAGAAGUAAAAUAACCAGGAUCCCACGGUUUCUGACACCAGGUGAGCAGAGCAGAGCUCCUGAAGCACUGAGUGGCAGAGCUCAUGGUUUUAACCCCAACUGGUUUUUGUUGUCGUAGUGAGUUUGAAAACAUAAAGUCAAAUUUAAGUCCUUCCCUGGUACCAUCCUGCCAUAUCAUUGCUACUCUUGCUACAGAGAUGAUGUGAUUGUAAAUGGGGAAUUUCUGUGGAACAGAUUCUUUCUCAUGGCAUCAUCUCUGCUAUGAAAAUUGUAAAUCUCUACAAUUUAUAGCAAUAUAGGACCUGAAAAAUUCCUGUUUUUCUAGAGGUGCUUAAACCUUUAAUGUAUCCUCCCACUGGAGGGUGGAGGUGGACUAAGAAACAUUACAUACCUUUAAAAACCUGAAAGGUAGGUAGUUAUCUUCAGAAAUGGUUUUGUUUCUUGAUGAGGAAAUGGAGAUCUUUGGAAAGGAUUGGAAGAGACACCAACACUCCACAGAAUCUCAGAGUGCAGUGCUGGAAAAGAGCACUUGUGAGUCUCCCAUGUUGUAGAUACACAACCUCAAGCUACCUACCACGUGUGGUACGUAAAGUUACUAAACUCUCUUCCGUUGCUUAUGGAUGGAAGAGAGAAAGUUUGGCUCACAUGGAAGAGCAAAGCAAAGGAUGUUGUUGUACUUACGCUGGAAUAUUGCUUCAGAACCCAGUGGAUUCCUUUGUGCUCUUUUCCUCAAAGCCUUAGUUUUUACAGGAUUCUUUUGAGAUCAGAAGUUAACACCUUGAGGUGACGUUUGGUUUGCAGUUACUUGCUUACAGUAUUCACUGUAUAAAGUCUUCUGAGGUCUGGAUGUCUUUGUAUGCUGUGGAAACUGUUACAUAGGCUAACUGGGCAGGUAGUUGCAGUGUGGAGUGUAAGAACACUUGACUCUGUACAUUUUAGUUAGUGGUAUCUCAGCCUUAAUGCUUGGUGUUGGGAAUUGUUUCCAGUUGUAAGUAGUGAGGGCAGGUUCAGAGGAUACUGUGUUCAUUGCAUGGAUUAAAACUGUGUAAACUUGAGGUUUACACUCUAUACAUUCCUCUUACACUUUGGAACAAUAGGAGAAACGGUUUUCACAUCUGCCCUGGUCUUACAAGAAUUAGUUUUGCACUAGAUCUGUCAGAUGUGUGACUUUAUGGCAAUUGAGGGCAUCAGACAAAUCCCUACUGAAUUGCAAAGGACUUCUGCAGUUCUCAAGUUGUACUCUCUCCGAUUUCACUUGUGGAACUGUGUUACCGUGCUCCAUGCAAGGAGAUUGUAUGGAGGGCUCAGAGAAGAGUGGUCUUUGUACUCCAGAGCACAGCUGGUGAUUUAUUGUGGACCAAGAUCCAGUUUCUUCUAAUCAGGGUGCAUCUGCUGUUCAUGAGCAGCUCAGAGGGGGAGCCAUACAGCCGCUUUACAUGAGCGAGGAACUCAAGAUCCUUAAUGUCAUGUGAGAGCUGAUAACCCUCUCUCAAUCACUGGACACAGAAGCUGCAUUUUGUAAACUAAUCCUUUGACCCACAGGACUUCACUGAGAAUGCCCACAGCAGCUGUGAUUGAAUCUGCUUCAGUGGUAGUAGGACACUGCACACAACUGGGUACUUCCUUCUUCAGUAUUAUGCACACAGGGGCACUUUUGUUACUACUGUUACCUAUGGUAGCUUUCCAAACUAUUCCAUCACCUGUAAUGAUGCAAUUUCUGAUGAUUUUUUCUUAAAACACCUUUCAUUGGAUGCUAUAACCACUGGAAAUGUUUUUAUACUCACAUGGUUUCUUUUCAUGUACCACUAAAAUAAAUCCUGGCAGUGAAGUGUUCUA